CUCCUCGCCUGGUGACAGCAGGAGCAACUCUGCAAAGCUUUGCUGCGCUCGGGAGACUGCAGAGUUCACUGCAAAGGCAAAACUGAAAUCUUUGUACCACCUGCUUACCAUCCAAGAGGCUUCUGUGUCUCCUUGCCUUCUGUUUCUGGAUUUUCCCAGACCUCUUUCCUCCAAACGAAGGUCCAUUCUUCUUCUGGCAAUGCAUCCUGAGAGAUGGCUGUGUUGGCGUUACCCUGCGUUCCACGUGUGGGUAUUUGUGAUCACAUCCUUGAUUAAAGGUGUCACAGCCUGUGAAUCAGAAGAACGACUAUUUCAUAAACUCUUCUCCCACUACAACCAGUUCAUCAGGCCAGUGGAAAACGUGUCUGAUCCUGUCACAGUGCAUUUUGAAGUGGCCAUUACCCAGCUUACAAACGUGGAUGAGGUCAAUCAGAUAAUGGAAACCAAUUUGUGGCUGAGACAUAUUUGGAACGACUACAGAUUGCGAUGGGAUCCCACAGAAUAUGACGGCAUUGAAUUUGUUCGGGUACCAGCAGAUAAAAUUUGGAAGCCAGAUAUUGUGUUGUACAACAAUGCUGUGGGAGAUUUUCAGGUUGAAGGCAAGACCAAAGCCCUCCUUCGCUACGAUGGAAUGAUCACCUGGGCCCCACCAGCUGUUUUUAAAAGCUCCUGUCCUAUGGAUAUCACCUUUUUCCCAUUUGACCAUCAGAACUGUUCGCUGAAAUUUGGUUCGUGGACCUAUGACAAAGCCAAAAUUGAUCUUCUGAUCAUUGGUUCCAAAGUAGAUAUGAAUGACUUUUGGGAAAAUAGUGAAUGGGAAAUAGUUGAUGCUUCUGGCUACAAACAUGACAUCAAAUAUAACUGCUGUGAAGAGAUCUACACAGACAUAACAUAUUCCUUUUAUAUUAGAAGACUGCCAAUGUUUUACACCAUAAAUCUAAUCAUUCCCUGUCUCUUCAUCUCAUUCCUGACUGUGUUAGUUUUUUACCUGCCAUCUGACUGUGGUGAGAAAGUGACUCUUUGCAUCUCUGUGCUGCUUUCCUUGACUGUAUUUUUACUGGUGAUCACAGAAACGAUCCCAUCCACCUCUUUAGUAAUUCCCCUUGUAGGUGAAUAUUUGCUCUUCACCAUGAUAUUCGUGACUUUGUCCAUUGUCAUCACUGUGUUUGUCCUGAAUAUACAUUACAGAACCCCAACCACACACACGAUGCCCAAAUGGGUAAAAACCAUCUUUCUUAGCCUGCUCCCAAAAGUCCUGCUGAUGCAGAGGUCUCUAGAACAGCAGAAAAAACACACUUCCAGAAAGACCAAGAAAGGCUCAACCAAUAAGCCAAGCAAGUCAAAGCACAGCGAGCACAGAGAUGCUAAAUUACAGAAGGAGCAGCUAUGCUGUCACUGUGAUAGAGCAGCUGAACUGGCGACCAGCAAAAGCAGGCGACUGAGCCGUCAGUCGCUGAAAUGGACGGCAGAGCACGUGGACUACUCCCCAGAAGUGAAGAAUGUCAUUAGCAGCGUUCAGUUCAUUGCGGAGAACAUGAGGUCUCAAAAUGAAACCAAAGAGGUGGAAGAUGAUUGGAAAUACGUAGCUAUGGUGAUAGACAGAGUGUUUCUCUGGGUAUUCAUAAUCCUCUGUGUGUUUGGGACUGCAGGCCUCUUUCUUCAGCCUUUAAUAGCAGACAUAUAACCCCGAUCCACUGCUCUGUAUCCAUUUUUGUUGUAUUUGCUUUUUAAUUCAGAGCUGUUCCCUACAUUUCUCUCCUCUCAUGCUACCCCUCUGCUCAGCCUGUCCUCAGCAUCUACCCAUAAAGGGAAGGUCAGAAGGGAAAGGUCCUCUGAGAAAGAAAAUCACACAAAGUAUCAUGAGAAGGGGACUAAAAAUUGGAGAUGAGCAUGUGGUCUUUUUAAGGCAAAACUGCUAGGAUUUUUAUAAUGUCUGUCUGACUUUGCCUCAGUGAGAUCAGCAAUAAUAAGACCAAAGGGGGCCACUAACCAAACUUAGUGAGUUUUCCCCUUGCCCUCAGACCAGAGGUAGGUAUUAGGACAGUUCAGGCACUUUUGAGUAUCUUCCCCAGAGCAGCCUCUACCUGGCUGCGUAUUUUUUCUCCAGGUCCUAACUCUUCCUUAGCUUUGAAUUUAUUUACCUUCCCUCACUCUCUGUCUCUCUCCUUGUCGUAGUUUUCCAUAUGGCACUCGAAUGAGGAACCGUGGUCUUACUGACCGGAGGAAUGCUCUUUAUUGAGAUCUUGUGAUGGGAAAGCCAAUAAUACAAAUAAAAGUACAAUCAAACUGAUGACCUUGACCCUAUGACAUCUUGGAUACAAUCUAAAAUGAGGUUUCCCCAGCUUUAGCAAUGCGUGUACCUAAAUGAAAAAUCUGAGAUCAACAAUGCACACGUUUAUGUUUGUACUUGAAGUCAAACAGGUCUUAAGCACCUGUUCAUAGUUAUAGACAAACCUGCUUGACAAUUUGCCCUCCAUGUAGCCUCGCAGACACCAUCUAGAGCACCCUAGAGUCAUCACAGAGGAAUAACGUGGUGGCAAUACAGAAAACCAGGAAAGAUCAGAAAUGUCUGUAGUUUGAAAUCCACGUUUGAAAUGGCUGAUUCUUCUAUCACUUAGCUUUGUAGGCGCUCAAAGUCCCCUUUGCUUCCUGCUACCGAACACCAAACAGUCCGCAUGGUGAGCUCCAGCAGGAUUUCCAGGCCACAUGUUUCUCUCACUGGCCUAACAGUGGUCCCCAUCAACGAGGGUCUGCUCUGAAAACUUUUGCUGGCUCAGGCUUAGACAAGUCCCGCUCGGGAAAGGUUUGUCCCUGAGUUUGUCCCCUGACAAUGCUAUUCACUUGUCACAGACAGACUUGGCUUGACAGCGUUGCUCUGACUUGGGUCUUCCUGUGGUCUUAAAAAAAGGGCAGACUUGACAUCAUAGCAGCAGAAGGCUAGCUAUCGCGAAUCCCAUACAGAGCUGAGCACCUUCAUCCAAACAGCUUUGUAGCAGAUUUCCCUUUGCUGGCUCCUUGCGGGUGAAUCCUGUGUGCACAAACCUACUCUGUAAUUGCAAGGAUGCUCCCUUUGGGGCUGAGCUUGCUGCUGUGAAACCAGGUGCCAAAUAGUAUGGAGCUGCAGUGUCCUAGUGCAAUAAUCCUGAAAAGUUUUCCAGCCAUGCACCUGAUGGCGUUUCUAAACUAUGGUCAGUCUACCCUCAGGGCUCGUAUCUGUUCAGAUUCCUCAUGGUUUUGCCCCAAAGGCUUCUUUACUGAAAGGCAUCAUUCCUAUUGAUGCCAAAGGCUUCAAGAGAAAAAGACCUCCCCCCUUCCUCCCCCCAUUAUAGGCGACUCUGACUUUAGCUCUACAGUGUAAGUACAGUACUUUCAGUGCCUGCAAUGUGUCAAUGUGUGCUUUGAAUGCCGCCAUUUCUCAGGCGAGUGUGACUCCUUGUUUCUUAAGUCCCUGACUGGCCUUUUACUUUUUCUGAUACUCCCUGAAAAAACAGAUGAAACUAGAAUAUACAGCAGAGAAUGACAAGAGGAUAACCAUCUCAGUCCAGUAUUUGAAAUAGGUAAAGUCUAUUUUCUAGAAGAAAAUAAUAUUUUCUGUAAUCCACCUGAUGGACUGU